AUGGAGACAUCCGGCCCCGAAGUACAUACCGGUCGAAACUCUCCGCCCCCAGGCCCGUUUGGUUGUGAGUAUUUCGACCUUGCUCAUCACAGUCUUUUUUCUGACAGUCUCACGGAUUCCUUCCUCGGUCCCAUGGAUACUCCGUUUGAGCAGGCUCCAGCCUUGCCCCCGGGGCCCUCUCUUCUUGACGAUAACGAAUCCCACAUGCUCGAUAACUUCUUCACCACCAUGAAUUCAAACAAUUUCUCCAACGACUUCUGGAUCCGCGGCCCGCAGGACAAGUCUGCAGGACUCAAUUUCCACUGGGCCGACGAGCUCCCGCCGACUUUCGCGGGUUCUACAACUUCACUCUCGCAGCCGUCAUUCCAGCAGCAGAACCUCAAAGCAAACAUGAUGGGAGGUGCUUCCGACCCAAAUAUAUAUGCUGCAGCUUCAAUGCUCUAUCAGGGUGGUAUGAAUGGAGCCGAGCUCGGUUCCGCACUGGCCCAGCAAGCGUUUGCAGGACAUGCGCUUCCCAUCAACGGUCCCAAUGCCCAAGCUCGGCGCUGCUCGCACCACGUGGCUCCUGCACAGGCCUCGGGAUCGUCGCCUCGUGCUGAGCUGCCGACUGGCUUCCAUACAUCGGAGAUGCUUUUUGAUGUGCGCGACCCGAUCCCCGAAGAUCAACAUCCGUCUCGCAAAGUCCGUGGUCUUCACUGGGGCUCCGAUAACAGCUUCAUGGACCAGGGCUAUAUUGCUCCACCCGACCAGCCCGACAUGGAGACCCGCACAAAGGAUCUUCUUACUCACCUGGACUGCUUCGAGCCUCAAAGCAGUGCGGCCAACACUCGAGCCCCGAGCCCGGAACGUAUGACCGACGCUCAUGCGCAAUCCUCCACUUAUCGUCCGGUUGACGGAGAAGAAAGCCCCCAACCCAGGAAGCGACAGCGAACCCUCAAAGAUGGUGAUCAAUUCUCGGAUGAAGAAGACUCGAGACUACAGACACGGAAAUCCAGAACCCCCAGCAAUGCAAAGGCCCGACGGGCUUCAACUCAGACGAACCGAAGAGGUAGUAUCACCCCGGGAAGCAAGGCGCCACGAGAGAAUCUCUCGGAAGAGCAGAAGAGAACCAACCACAUUCUCUCCGAGCAGAAGCGGCGCAACCUCAUCCGCCAGGGCUUCGAUGAUCUAUGCACGCUGGUACCUGGCCUCCGAGGCGGCGGUUUCAGCAAGAGUGCCAUGCUCACCCAGGCUGCCGAUUGGCUGGAGGACAUUCUGCGUGGCAAUGAGAUCCUGCACAACCAAUUAGCCGACAUGAAAGGCAUCAAUGGUUUGGUGAUGCCUCGAUGA